UUGUCAUUAGAGACCCAAACUGCGAUCUAAGCAAGCCCUGAUUACAAACUUGCCAGAUCAGUUGGACUUGGAUUAAAAUUAAUUCCACUCGCUGGACCGACUGGAUAAAUCUAUGCGAAUUGAGCAGCUAAUUAUACAAGGCGAUCGAACUAGUCGAGAAUCGAGAAUCUUCUGCUGCCCGGUGGACGAGGACAAGUUCCGGUUCUAGUUGGCUAGUUGCCAAAUUGCAGUUCGAAUCAGCCACGAUGACCACCUACAUGCAGAUUGUUGAGGAGCGCAUCUCCGGCCUGUCCAAGGGCGUGGAUGAAACGGUGGACAGCUGGUUCCUCAUGAGCUCCCCGGCGCCGGUGGUGGGCGUGGUGCUUGUCUAUCUUGCAUUUGUGUUAAAGAUCGGACCCGAGUACAUGAAGAAUCGCAAACCGAUGGAUCUUAAGCGUAUUAUGGUGUUCUACAAUGCCUUCCAGGUCUGCUACUCCAUUUGGAUGUGUCGCACGUCCAUCCGGGAAAGCAAUGUGAUGGCCUCGAUCUUCUCGAAGAAGUGCGAGAUUACCCGCACCCGGGAGCAGACCCUUGGCCUGUACUCCGGCGCCUGGUUCUACUUCUUCUCAAAGAUCAUCGAUCUGCUGGACACGACAUUCUUUGUGCUGCGCAAGAAGGACAACCAGAUAUCGUUCCUCCAUGUCUACCACCACACAGUGACGGCUCUCUUCUCGUGGGCCUACUUGAAGUAUGUGCCCGGUGAGCAGGGCGUGAUCAUUGGCAUCCUCAACUCCGGUGUGCACAUCAUCAUGUACUUCUACUACAUGGUGGCCGCCAUGGGACCCCAGUACCAGAAGUACCUCUGGUGGAAGAAGUACAUGACCAGCAUCCAGCUCAUCCAGUUUGUCCUCAUCCUUGGCUACAUGUUGGCUGUCGGCGCCAAGGGUUGCAACAUGCCCAAGACACUGACCUUCUUCUUCGUGGGCAACACGGUCAUCUUCCUAUAUCUUUUCGGCAACUUCUACCGCAAGACCUACAAGAAGGCCAAGACUGUGAAUGCCUCGGGAUCGGCGACGGGCAGCAGUUUGGCCAAGUCCGCUCUGCGGGCUGCCGGCGGAAUGGGAUGCAUGCCGCAGACGAUGAACGUGGGCAAUGGAAAGACGGCCAUCAGUCUGCAGAAUUCGAUGCCAGGAAAGGCCUACAUCGAUCUGAACAACAACAGCGUGAAGCCAAUGAAGGCGGAGUGAGACCGACCGAGAGCUAGAAGAUUUCCAGGGGUUUCAUUUAGCAAUUACUUUCGUAGCGCGGGGCUUCAGAAGUUAGUUCGUAAGGUAUCCAUAUCCAUAUCCGUAUCUGUAUCUGUAUCUUUAUCGGUAUCUGUAUCUAUAUCUGUUUUUCUGUAAUCUCUGCAUGUAGGAGGAUCGGCCAGCGUAAUGUUUAUGCCGGACAGACGAAGAUAUUUCAAACCCAAAAGUAGCUAGAACCCUAAGUGUGCGAAUGUUUUGUUUACGUGUUUAUGUUUUUCUAGCCAGAGUGCCUGUGUGUGUGUGUGUGCGAGUGUGUGUGCCAGGGAAUGUGUUAUAGAGUUUAUUAAUGAAAUGCAGCCGUAAAUCGUUUCUCGAAACAAGAACAAGAAAAAUUCAAUAAAACUU